AUGGUUGUUGCUAACGCUGCUAACAUUAUUAAUAAUAAUGAUAGAGAUCAUUACAAUGCAAAACCACCUAUUUUUGAUGCAAAUCCUGAAGGAAAUACUUUAGCAAGAAGUGUUGUGUUUGAUCAACAGAAUAAAGACUUCAAGAAUCAUCAUAAACCCAGAACCAUAUUGCUUAAUGUUAUCUCUUAUAUAGAGUAUGAGAAGAUAACACACAUGGAUUCUGCCAAAUCCAUCUUUGACUCUUUGAGAAUGACUCAUGAGGGAAAUGCUCAAGUAAAGGAGACAAUGGCCUUGGCCUUAAUCCAAAAAUAUAAGGCUUGCAUAAUCGAAGAUGAUGAAAAAGGUGAGACUAUGUUCUCUAGGUUUCAGAUGCUUGUCGCAAGGCUUAAAACUAUGGACAAAGGGUAUUCUACAACUGAUCAUGUCAAUAAAAUUAUCAGAAGUCUUCCCAAAAAAUGGAGACCUAUGGUAAAUUCCUUGAAGCUGGAAAAGGAUCUCAACAGCGUCAGUCUUAAAGAACUUGUUAGUUAUUUAAGAAGUCAUGAGAUUAAGCUAGAAGAAGAUGAGAAGAGAGGUAAAUCUGUAACUCUAAAAUCCAAGCCUGAGAAGACUAUAUCAUAUCAAGUUGAGGAAGAAUUAGAAGGAUCUGAUGAAGACUCAAAAGAUGAUGACGAGCUGUCUCUAAUCUCAAAGAGAGUCAACUGA